CAAAACCCAGACCCCCAGUUCCGGGCCAAUGGAGGCAAUUUAGACUAGAGCCGGACCGCGUCUGUCAAAAACCCGACGGGGCAGCAGUGGCGGAGUCCAGAAGCAGAGCUGGAGUCGUCGUGCUACUUCUCCGCCCCCACCGGGAUUUAUUGAGUAUUUGGGCUGGACAAUUAAGUGGCCCUGAUGAUGUUACCAAGCCCGGUCACCUCCACCCCUUUCUCAGUCAAAGACAUUUUGAAUCUGGAGCAGCAGCAGCGACACUUCCACAGCGCGCACUUGCAGGCGGACUUGGAGCACCACUUUCAUUCGGCGCCCUGCAUGUUGGCCGCCGCUGACGGGGCACAGUUUUCUGACGGAGGGGAGGAAGACGAAGAAGAAGAGGGAGAGAAACUGUCCUAUUUGAACUCACUAGCUGCAGUCGAUGGCCACGGGGAGUCAGGGCUCGGUCCCCAGAGUUAUAUCCACACGGUCCUACGCGACUCAUGCAGCGGGCCCAAGGAACACGAAGAGGAGCCCGAGGUCGUGAGGGACCCGAGCCAAAAAAGCUGUCAGCUGAAGAAACCCCUGGAGGCGGCCGGAGACGGCAAGGCGACGGAGGAGAGCGAGAGGCCGAAGCCGCGCAGCCGCCGGAAGCCCAGGGUCCUCUUCUCACAAGCUCAGGUCUUCGAGUUGGAGCGCAGGUUCAAGCAGCAGCGGUACCUGUCGGCGCCUGAGCGCGAGCAUCUAGCCAGCAGCCUGAAGCUCACGUCCACACAGGUGAAGAUCUGGUUCCAGAAUCGCAGGUACAAGUGCAAGAGACAGCGGCAGGACAAGUCCCUGGAGCUGGGAGCACACGCGCCCCCGCCGCCACCGCGCCGCGUGGCGGUGCCGGUGCUAGUGCGGGAUGGCAAGCCGUGUGUCACGCCCAGCGCUCAGGCCUACGGCGCGCCCUAUAGCGUGGGCGCAGGCGCCUACUCCUACAACAGCUUCCCCGCCUACGGAUACGGGAAUUCCGCCGCUGCUGCCGCCGCUGCCGCUGCCGCCGCCGCCGCCGCCGCCGCGGCCUACAGCGGCAGCUACGGCUGUGCCUACCCGGCAGGCGGCGGUGGAGGAAGCGGCGGUGGCGGUGGGGGUUCCUCGUCGGCGGCCGCGGCCAUGCAACCCUCUUGCAGCGCGGCGGGAGGCGGCCCCUUUGUGAACGUGAGCAACCUGGGCGGCUUUGGCGGAGGAGGCGGAGCGCAGCCGCUGCACCAAGGCGCCCCGGCGGGAGCUGCGUGUGCGCAGGGCACCUUGCAGGGCAUCCGGGCCUGGUAG